GAUGACGUUUUUGCGUUAUUAUACAAAACACGAAAGGCAGGGUUUCUGGAACAGUUCAAAAGUCCAAAUUGAAAAAAAACCACUGCCUUGUUCUUUAUAAGAUGAAGAAAGUAUUUCUAAAAAAAAACAUGAUGACAUUUUUUGCGUAGUUCCAGGACGGGAUUGUAUAACACAUCUCAUCGAGGGAUCUUUAGAGGAUUAUCGGCUGCCUCCCCUGCAGCGUCAAGAUGCCAGUGGACAGAAUGAGAAUGCGCCCCUGGUUGGAGCAACAGAUCGAGUGUGGGCAAAUUCAAGGUCUACACUGGGUCAAUGAGGAGAAAAAGAUAUUUCAGAUACCAUGGAUGCAUGCAGCCAGACAUGGAUGGGAUUUAGAAAAGGAUGCACCUUUAUUUAUGAACUGGGCCAUUCACACAGGAAAGUAUCGUCCAGGUAUUGACAAACCAGACCCUAAGACGUGGAAGGCAAAUUUCCGCUGUGCUAUGAAUUCUCUACCAGACAUCGAGGAAGUGAAAGAUAAAAGCAUGAAGAGAGGAAGCAAUGCCUUCAGAAUGUACAGAUUGCUUUCCUCAUAUGAAAAAGCUGUUAAGAAAGGGAAGAAAAAGAUGGACCUGGAGCAAAGAGCAAAAAGGGUUUUUCAGAAAAGGAAAGCUGGCAUUCCCAGAAAAUAUAAAAUGACAAAAGAACAAAGUGAAGAGAAUUUAAUGGAAGAAACUACACCGGACAGCACUGUGCUAUUUACUGAGCAGGAGUGCUCCCCUGUGCCCAUGUCAUCUGUGAGGGAGAUGGCUGUAGCUGAAUUACCUGACGUGUGUGCAGUUGUUGAGGUGGCAACGGAGAAUGCAGAACCUGCGUUUAGCUCCACUGAAGUGUGUCUGCCUCUCCAGGACUCCCAUGUUUCAUCCUACAGUGAGAGUGACACAGAGAGCACAUACAGUGAGGAAGACUUAGUACAGCUUCCCCAGGACUUGUCUUUAAAAGCUUCACAAAGAUCAGAAUGUAAUUCUGUGUUAAGGAUCCCAUCAUCAGCUCAGUCCUCACCAAACACAGUAUUCACAUCAACAAAAAUCAAUUUCAAAGUGACCAGCUGCAGAGAGGACUCGCCCCUAUUUGCAUACAACACUCCUCCAUGGUUCCCCUGCCUGUUUAAUUUCCAAAAAGUCACAGACAAAGAACCCUCAAGCACUUCCCCCUCACCAGAUCUCACCAGCAGCCCGACUUCUCAGGCAAGUGUGAUCGCUAAAGCUGUGGACCUCUCUGUUGCAAAACACAAAACACUACAGUGAAGAUACUUUACAUUUACAACCUGCUGCUGUCUAGCUGAUACACCUACAACCCAUUAUUCAGCAUUAAUCAAGUACUCUCAGGUGCAAGAUUUCCCUCAAAUAUUUUCUUGUAUUCGUGUUCAGCUUUUAAAACCAAACUGAUUCCUUGCUAUCUGAAUCCGUUAUACUAUUAUAUUUCUGAAAUAUUUUGCAACACUACCUCAUUCUCAUAACGGUGUUAAAUAUGUAACUUGUAUAACUACCUCACGAAUGUGACACUUGAUCACAGAAGUUGUCAGUGUUAAUCUAGUAAUAAUGCAGCAUUGGGAGAAUAUGCUUGUAUUGAUUUUGCAUUGGAGUGACAUUUCAUACUUGUUGACAGCAGAUGUAAUUAAACAAAGAAUGAAAUAGAAGCGUUACUGGGGAAUUUUUAAGGGGAAUUUGCAUGUAUAUUUUUCUACAGAGUGCUGUAGCACAAUAUUGAGUUUUCUUAAAGAAAUGCUUAAGGUUUAGUACAUUUUCAUAUGAAAUUGUCAUGUCUGAAUGCAUUGAUUUAGCAAAUUUGACAUGUUCGUCAAUUCAGAACGACAGAAUUAUUGAACUGUCUGCCUGGAAACAUUGUUUUACUUGAGGUUUAGCUCUCCCAUGUCCGUAGGGCACUUAAUACUUGAAUAUAGACUCACUAAUUAGAGUUGUGUAUUAACUUGUUGUUUCAAUGUAAGGAGAUUUUUGCUUUCAUUUUUGUAUUAACUUUUUAUGUAACAGUCACUAAUUUGCAUAAUGAACAACUGCAGCACAGAGAUUUAAAAGCAAAUAUAAAAACAGGUUUAUUGUAGUGUCAUAAUGAUUAAAAAAUUACACAAUACAAAAUCUUUUCAGUAUUCAUUUGUUUUUGUAUAAUGUACAUUAAAACAGUGGUUCAAAGAGUUAGUAGUGGUACUAGUUCAAAAGAUGAAUGUGCAGUAGAAAAGCAAAUCACUUGUUGCUGCAUCUUACCUUGAUUUUACAAUAGAGGGAUAAGUCAAAAUGCUAUACAGCUCGGACUGUAUGGCCUAAAUGAUAAAUUGCAUUCUUGGGUUUCUCCUAUUGAGAUUUUCAUUCUUCAUGUCAUUUGUUUUGUCUAUGAUUUCAUUUGUAUUAUACAAGGCUAAAGGUGUACAAUUUCAUGUUAUUAAUUGUGCUAUAUUCCUGACAAAACUUUGUACACCUAUAACAAGCUUAUUAUAAUACUCCUUGCUGAAUUCCAAGUAUGUUUCACUGAAUUGAGAACCUAUAACAACACUGUAGCACAACUGAUCUAAAACAUCUCAAUCAGAUGUAACUUCAAAUUCUGUAUACACAGAUGUUUUAAAAGAAUAGUUCACCCAAAAAUGAAAACAAGAUGUAGAUAAGUUUGUAUCUUCAAUAGCGCUUUCUCAGUAAAAAGUCCAUCCCCUGUUGCCCUUCGUUUGUAAACAGUGCUUGAUCUGUGCA